GUAACUAGUCCCUACGUGUAAUUAACAUUCAAUCAAUAUGGCGGAUAAAGAAGCGUUAGAGAAGGACACCUUUCUAAAGUCAAUUUUAAACAGAGGUCCAAACAAGAGGCAGAUAAAACCAGCUGGUAACAAUUCUCUCCUUCAAUUGGCUCUUGGAGAGGACAGUGAAGACAGUGAAGAGGAUGCAGAUUUUGAGCUUAAUGAUGAUGAAGAUGAUGAUGAAGGAGGUUCUGGUUCAGAUGAAGAGACUGAUAUAACAGAACAGCAAGAUAAAGGUCAAGUCACCAAAAAAGUACAAGAAGUAAGCGAAGAUGAUGAUGAUGAAAAUGACGUUGACGACGACGACGAUGAUGAUGAUGAUGAUGAAGAUGGAAGUGAAUCCUUGACAGCUGUCAAUGCUCUUACUGUAGGUGACUUGAUAGAAGUUAUGAAAACCAAGGCUAAAGCUGUCACCAGUCAGCCAAGCUCAGUGGCCUCCAGUGAAGUUUCAGCUUCAUCCAAGAAGGUGGACAUAUUAAUUUGUGGAAUCUGCCUGGAUGACAUUAGUGAUGAAGGGGAUGAAAUAGUGGAAUGUGAUAACUGUGGAAUCACUGUUCAUGAGGGUUGCUAUGGUAUCAACGAUGAAGACAGUGACUCUGGAAAAAGUAAUGAUACAGACUCACCUACAGAACUGUGGUUUUGCGAUGCCUGCAAACUGGGAGUUCAACCAGACUGCGAGUUGUGCCCAAAUCUUGGUGGAAUUUUCAAAGAAACGGACACAGGCCAAUGGGUUCAUUUGCUGUGCGCUCUCUAUACCCCAGAUGUGGCAUUUGUUAAACCUGAGCAGCUUCAGUGUGUCACACUAUCAGAAGUUCCUCCUUACAAGUGGGGUGCAAAGGAUUGUACUCUCUGUGAAGAUGAGCGGUUUUGCAGGACGGGGGUGUGCAUUGAAUGUGAUGCUGGAAUGUGCAGGACAUACUUCCAUGUCACAUGUGCUCAGAUGUAUGGACUUUUGUCAGAUGUUCCAGAAGAGUGUGAUGAGGAUGUUGCAGAUCCUCUAUUUGCGCAUUGCAGGCUGCAUGCAGAUAAAAAAACAACUGCAAACAGGAGACGCCAAUGGCUAGCAUACCAGUCACGCUACAAAAAAGCAAGUGAAAGGCGGUCAGCAGAGGACAAAGAAAGAGUGAAACACUGUUUGGCUAGCAUCCGUCAAGAAUUUCAGGCAAAGCGAAUGAAAAAUCUCACAAAAGUUUUCACUCCCUCAGAAAAAAUUCCUCGACUACUGAGCACAUGUCCAGGAGCAUGUCGUCAGCUUUUCAAGAAAGCACAACUAUUGGGCUACACUACAGGGCAGAGCCAGGGUGUCAUGAAUGUUCGUCGCAAGUGGUUUGUUCAACCAGCUCUCACUAGCGAAUUUGUGAACUAUUACCAUGAUCGAAGUGCUAGAUUGAAGGAGAUGCAGGAGCGCCAAGACGAACUGAGACUGAAUAACAAGCGAUUGCAGCAAGAGGAACAAAAUUUAAGAGAAAAGUAUCAAGCGUUAACGGAAAGCGUUCAAUGUCUGGCUGAAGAAGUCCAGGAGAGAAGAGACGAAUCAUUAGAACUUCACCAUGUUCUGUGCAAGUUGGCUGCAAAUGAGUUAGCUAAGCCACCCUUAUUAGAACUCAAAAAGCCGAAACACUCAGCAUCGCAGACGAGGAUUAAGUCACUUAAACUGAACGUUUGUGCUACGUGUAAAACAACAGAGAAUCAACAUCAGCUGGUGCAGUGUGACACGUGUCAUCAUCAUUAUCAUCUUGGAUGUGUCGAUCCACCUCUAACUCGCAUGCCCAAGCGUUCAGCCAAGUGUUUGUGGCAAUGUUCAGAGUGUGACCCAAGUGAAGAUGAUGAAGAAAUGGAAGUAGAUCCACAGGACACCACACCCAUCUCUCAAGCGCGCCACAGACGGGUCAUCAAGGAGCCGAGCAAAUUUACUCCUGACAAGGGAGAGGCAAAAAAGCGAAAACUGAAGACGGCCAAACGGAAAAAUCCCACAGCACAAGCCGAAGAUGUGAGCAAAAAACCUAAACUAUCAUCCGACUCAGAAGCUGCACCAAAACGAGGACGGCGGCCUGUGAGGAGAGAUCCAGAGGGUGCGGACAAAAAAAAGAAGCCAGUGGAUGUGCGGACUGAAUGUAGCGUGUGUAAACAUAGUGGAACCAAUGCUAAUCUUGUCAGGUGUGACAAUUGUCAGCUGUGUUAUCACUUUCAUUGCCUUGACCCUCCAGUUAAGGCUAAUCCCAAGACUCGAGGAUAUCAGUGGGUAUGCAAGGAAUGCGAUGAAUCGGAAGGGGAAAGUGAAGAUAUGGAUGUUGAAGAGUCGAACACGUCUGAUGCGAAAACAGACAAAACAUCGAAAGAAGGAAACGAUAAACAAGAAAUCAGUGAAACAUACACACAAAAAGGGGAAGAAAAUAAAGAAACCAGUGAUGAUUCUGUAGAUCAUUCCUCGGUAACGAGCCCUGAGGAAAAAGACAACAAAGUUAAUUUAUGAAAGACUUCUUAAUUAUCUGAGCUCCAUUUUAUUUAACUUUAUGAGGAAAAUUUUAGAAAAAUCUAGAUAUCUUUCAAAACUAGAGCAUUGUUGUCAUUUAGUUUGUUUGUUGGAUGCUUUUUGAUUAUUAGGUUAUUUUAACAAUGUUCGCAUCUAACCGCUCUUGUAGAUUCCAGUCAGCAAAGAGCCUUAAGACCAUCAGGUCAUAGAAUUAAAUGCGAAAGCAACUCAAAGUGAUUUGGUGUUACUGUUCAGCGGACCACUCUCGCGUCAUUUACAUUUGCUCGUAUUAAACGGGUGGUCCAAUGCAUUGCGGGCUCCCUCUUUAAGUUUACAAUUGCUAGGCAGUAUCAGCCUUUUUUUCGGUUUGUUAUCAAAAUUAUUCCUAAGCC